UUAAAACUUUGAAAUAUAAUUUCUUCUUCAAUGGCGCCGGAAAAGAAGAUCGUAGAAAAUAUCGCCAAUUGGAUAACGCUAUUUGACGACGGCUCCGUCGACCGGACUUGGACGGGGCCGCCGGAGGCCAUUCCCAAUUUAACCCCCGUGCCGCCGCACCAACAUUUUGUCGACGGCGUUGCCGCCAUCGACGUCGUCGCCGACGACGGCGCCGCCGCACUGAAACUCCGGAUAUACCUGCCGGAGACGGCGGAGCGCGACGGCAGCGCGGAAAAGCUGCCGGUGCUCCUCCACUUCCACGGCGGAGGUUUCUGCAUCAGCCAGACGGACUGGCGAAUGUACUACUCAAUGUACACGGCGGUGGCGCGCGCCACCGGCGCGGUGGUGGUCUCCCCCUACCUCCGCCGCGCGCCGGAGCACCGCCUCCCGGCGCCGUGCGACGACGGGUUCGCCGCUCUGAAGUGGCUCCGCUCCGUCGCCGCCGGCGAGCGCCGCCAGCCGUGGCUGGACCGCCACGCGGAUUUCAACCGGGUUUUCCUCAUCGGAGACAGCUCCGGCGCGUGUGUCGUCCACCAAGUGGCGGCGCGUGCGGCGUCGGAAAAUCUCGCGCCGCUGCGACUCGCCGGCGCGAUUCCGAUCCACCCCGGAUUCGUCCGCGAGCGGCGGAGCAAAUCGGAGACGGAGAUGCCGGCGUCGCCGAUGCUGUCGGUGGAAAUGAUCGACAAGAUGCUGGCGCUGGCGCUGCCGGAGGGCGCCACGAAGGACCAUCCGAUAACUUGUCCGAUGGGAGAGGCGGCGCCGGCGGUGGAGGAGCUGAAUUUGCCGCCGUACCUGUGCUGCGUGGGGGAGAUGGAUCUGAUGAGGGAGACGCAGUUGGAGUUUUACGAGGCGAUGAAGAGGGGGAAGAAGGAGGUGGAGCUUCUGAUGAGCUCCGGCGUGGGGCAUUGCUUCUACCUGAACAAGACGGCGGUGGAGAGCCGCCCGGAGAUGGCGGAGGAGUACCGGAAGCUCAUUCAGGGGAUUGCGCUCUUCGUCAAGAACCAUUGACUUUUUUUUAUCUGAGUUGACUUUCGUUUCAUUUACUCUCUCUCUCUCUCUCGUUCGUUUUUCAAUUAUUGCUGGUUAGUUAUUAUUAUUAUUAUUAUUAUUAUUUUUUAUCUGUCAUCAUUUUCGGAAUGUGUUUCGUUGACUCUAGUGAUUGAUUAAGUUGGGUGUGUUUGUUUGUUUUGAGAAAGAGAUUGAAAUGUC